AUGGCGUUCGCUAAGAACUACGCAUUUUUUGUGCUUAUCUUGUUUCCUUGUUCUCUCCAUGUAGUUCAUGCAUUGAAUUACGCUAUGUUUAGUUCUGGUGACGGCAAUUUCAAGUUGCAUUGGACCUAUAGCAACAACAAGCUGCUCUUCAACAUGACUUGUAAAGCAACCGGCUGGUGUGCUGUGGGUUUUACAGAAAAUCCUGGCGGUAGAGGUAUGGUAAACUACGAUAUCGCUGCCGGCGGGGUCGAUGGUAACACAUCUUAUCUUGAGGUAAGUUUGUAUAAUGUGACCGGUUGUGCUUUUCGGUAGUCAAGUAAACUAUAAGUAAAUUGAUCGUUUACCUGGUUGCUAGAGAAAAAUUGCUUGGAUGAACAGUUUGACAGUGAUGUGCACCGAGGGGAUCUAGACUAAGUUUGAGUUCGCCUUCAGAAUAAUUAUUUUUCUGAAAUACGGAGUUGAAAGCAACAAUUUACAUACUCAGAAAGACAGUGUUGCAUCUUGGCUGCCUUCGUAAAACAAAAUUUACUUUUUAAAAAAUUUCCAGCUUAGUGAUUGCCAAGACACCCACUAUCUUUUCAGUCUAUUUAAAGUGAAAGACGGCGUAGAAUGAUUUUAAUUUGAAUUAAAACUGCUUAAUGAAGUGAAGUAUAUGAAAUAAUUCAUCUUUGACUGCUUAGUGGGAAAAGCAUAGUGUUCAACAAAACCAAAGGUAGCAUUUACUGAAUUGAGGUUAGCGCAGCAUAAACUAUCUGCACGUCCGCCUUAUAUUUAUUUCUAUCGCGUGCCAACUGCGCUAAAUAUUUCUGCGGACAUGAUUUUAGACUUUUAGACUUCAGAACAUUCGCGUCUUAAAUUUUCUCAGCUAUUGCCGCAGUCAGAUAACUCAUGUCAGAAACAAAAAUCAGUCGGGACACCAAAGCGCUUUUUACGGAUUUUAAGGGAAUAUUGAAGACCCUAUCAUUUCUAUUCUUUGGACAAAGCAAUAUAUCUGCCUCAGGGUGUAUAUGAUACAGACCCUUUAGUCUACUUUUUUUCUUCUAAAACAGUUUGUUUAAGUUGAUUUAGCACCACAGAAGGAUUCUUUUAACUUAUGCGCACCUAAAUUAUCAAAAUUAUAAAAACUGAACAUUAAACCUUUCCCGUAUUCCUAUGGACAAAAGUGACAAAAAGAAGUGGUCGAUUUGAAUAAAAGACCCUUAGGCUAUUAAAAUGUUAACUCAAGCCUCGAUCACGCAUCACAAUCUUGCUUAUUGGAGCCGGCGGGAAUGUGGAAAAAGUCUUUAGGGUCUGGGUUGUUAUUCUUGCUGUAAAAGAUAGUAACGGAUUUCAUCUAUGAAAGGAAAAAAGAGGUUAAAACUAAUUUAAAAGAGCGUACUGAAAUUUUUCUGCUCCUCUCGAUACAUGACAAUGGCGUGCGUCAUGAUAUGAAAUGCUUGCAAGUCACUUUGCGUACAACCAAUGUACGAGUAACCAGGAGUAAACGGCUUUUAGAGAAAGAAUUAUUUAUUUCCUUUACUCAAGACAUUUUUCGUUCACAAGAAGUCUUUUUAUAUUCGCGAUUUCGUAUCCGCAAAGUUUCAUUCUUUACUGGUUUAGUUUGGUAUGAUUGUUUCUGAUACAAAAAUAGCUUAUAAGCCUUUUUCAAACAAAAGUUUUGUUAUGAUCCUAAAAUCCAUAGUUAAGGGUAUUGUGUAUAAACCGAGAAAAUAUUAAAUUUGACUGGAAUUCUCAGGGAAAUUUUUUUUAAAAAGUUGUAAAAGUGUGAAAAAUAGUAACAGAUAAAACUACUGUAAAACGGGCAACAAAGACGUCCAAGUUGUUUCGCAACAUUGCUGCAGAACGUGUUGACAAGCAUGUUACGCAUUCUAGCACCCACCUUUAAACCUGUAUUGAAAAAAAUAAAGGUUGCUGUAGGUUGAAUAAAUACUGACUUCUGAUUGGAUAAGAUUAUGCGGGAGUCACGCCAUACAAAGGCGUUACGUUACUUGCUGCAAAACAAGUUUGCCUUGGGCAGGUAAAACGCGCAACAUAGACAGAUCUUGUUGCAAAAAGUAGAACUACUCUCUACUUUCUGCAACAACUUUUCGCAACCUGCAACAAUCUGAUUUGUUAAAAGACAGGUUUGAGAGUGGGUGGUAAAAAGCGCAACAUCGCUUUUCAACUUCUUUUGCUGCAAUGUUGCAAAACAAGUUGCACCUUUUUGGUGCCCGUUUUACCGUACCUAUAACAAAAAUAGGUGAGCACGAAUCAGUUUAAAUACUUUCAAAUUCAAAAUCAUUUUCAGUACGUCAAUAAAAAACCAUGGUAGUGCUUUAUUUCUGUUUACAAAACUCCGUUAAUGAAAGACAUCUUUGGAAUGUACAUAAGGUCCGUUCGUUUGACGCACUCUGACAAAUUCUACGUUUUUCAUAUUGCUCUAGUAAGAGCAAAUCAGUGUCAAACAACUGUUUGGGAGUCACGCGAUGUGGAAAUGAUUUAAGUCUUUAAUAUCCCAAAUUUCGAACACCACUCAACAAAAAGACCGACUCGACAGGUGACCAUUCUACUUAGUUCGCCGUCUUUCUGCAACAUUAUGAAUGAACUCCAACGUUUUGGCUUUUUUACGGCACGUGAUCAAGGAAAUAAAUUCAUCAUGCCCUAGAAGGGCAGAUAUUCCAUUAGUUAACGCAACUUGAACAGGGUGUCUUUUUUUCACCGGAGGCUUUAAAAGAAUGAGAAGGUUGGCGAAAAAAGGUCCAAAAACGGUCCACAUGUGUGGUACCAACAAUUAUUUACCGGACAAUUCAAGUUCAUGAUGAUGGUUUAAAAACUAUGUUACGUUUGUACUAAAACGAAGGAGGAGAGGCAUCACUGCCCACACUAGUCUGUUUACUGAACUUGUUACUACAUAGAAAUUUCCUUGUUUAUGUCUUUCCAUACGAUGAUAAACAAUUAUUGGAUGAACUUUUUGUGAUAUCCGGAAUAAUGAAAAUCGAGGUAAGUGUUAUCAGCCGAGCCGAAGGCCAAGGCUGAUAACACUUACCGUCUUACCGAGACCUUGGCAUGUUAUAUAGGAUGUCACAAAAACUAAAUCUAACAAUUGUUUUAUUAUACAUUGUUUUGAAAAAAAUAAUAACAACAAUCACACCGUCGCACGGAACCUGAAUUGAUAUUGUUACAGGAAAUCAUAAAUUGCGCGCGCAACCUGCAGAUUAGACAGUUAUCUGCUAGCAAAUAACUAACUAAUCUGUAAGUACGCAGGUUUCUAAAUAGAGCGGUAUGAUCUUAGCCAAUAAGAAGACAGAUAGCGAGUACAAUGAAUAAUAACGACGUUAAUAUCCGUUUACAACGUUUAGCAUUCGGGAGUUUAUCUACUCUGAAGACGGUUUUCGAAUUUAAAAUUCCUUCAACCCUUACCAAGAUCGCUUGAAAUCUUUUAAAGCAUGCACGCGUCAACGCAUACGUUUCAAUUUCAAUUAAACAAAGUGAGCCAAGCCUAAUAGAGUUCCAGCAAACAUCAAGGAAACACAAAGAAUGUUUUCUGUAGGUAGAAAACGCAAAAAAUCUCUUGAAAUAUGCCAUAACCCGAGUCCAAGCAGAAUUGUAGAAUGAACGCUUAUGAAAUUUAAAAUAAGUUUGUAGAAUAAAGUAAAAACAGACAAGCUAAGUAAUUAUUUGUGAAAAUGCAAACGUCCUCUGCAGGCAUCAUGAACUCACUAUAUGAGAGCGCUUGUUUAAAUUACAGCCGAAGCUCUUGUAAGCAACCACUGGUUUUAUAAAUUCGAUGAGUGGUCGUAAUUAGGCUGACUACGAGAAUGAGCUCUCGUAAGCGACCGCAUGGUGAAACACAAGAGGGUGGUGUCAUUUAUAAUUCAUAAAGGAAAAAAAAACACAAAAAAAUGUUUGAUUAGAAGUGUCUUUAUAUCUAAUAUAGACACGGCUAAACUUUACUUCCAAUUAUUAUGACCAAAAUAACCCAAACUGACUGUAUGUGUAACCGCCUGCAUAUGUGACUUACAGGAUUACUGGAGCAACACAACAGGGCAACCACCAAAAGAUGCUGUCAACAACUUUCAGCUAGUUGAAGCCAUGGAGAUGGGUGGAUAUACCAGCGUAAAAUUUGAAAGAAAUUUGACGACAGGAGAAGCAAACUUAGAUGUUCAGUUUACGGUAAAGUUGUACAUUAACAAAUAUUCAAGUAACGUGUGUGGGCCAGCUGCUAAGUUUUACUCACCAAAAAUGCUUGUGUGAAGGCCUCAGUAAAAUCUCAGGUAAUUUUACUUUGCAUCUCAUUAAAGUCGGAAAGUUGAAACAAUUCAAGAAAGUUUCAAGUGACUUAAAAACCAUCCUUAUGACCGACUUAUCUGACUUGAGCUUUGAGAAAGGCGAAACAUGUCAAUCAAUUUUAACUUUGUUGUGUGGGAAAAUAGCUUAAUAAGUCAACCUGAAGUAAAAAAGAAUCGGUUGUGUGUGAAAAAUUAUUUUUCUCGUAGUAAUUAAAAUUUACUUGUCUUGAAAUAUUUCUUAGCUUGUUUAGUCUCUAGCGUAAAGACUACCAAGAAGUUAUUAUAAGAAAUCGAAGUCCCAUAGUCAAAAGUAAAUAAUCACUGAUACCAUGCUGAUAUGCAAAGACUUUCAGACUGUUGGGUGAUGGUGUUUUCGGCAAAUGAGCUUUUGAGAUCAAAGUCUUCGUGUUUGAGCUGCAGCCUGCUUUUACGAAUUCGUAGCAAACAGGUCUGCUACUCUACCAAUGUUAACGUCUGUUUGGUUAUAAAUGUGCUAUAGGGCCGGGAGGAUAUAAAAAGCCUCCCUUUAGUCAUCAUAUUGGGCCAGCUGUAUGUGUGCAGACGAACAUCUGCUGCUGUAGGGCCGCGGGGAUAUAGAUAGCCUCGAUCCCUUCUGUCACACUAAGCCAGUUCUAUGAGUACAGACGAACAUCUGUCGCUAGUGGCUUAUCCCCGUAGAAACCAGUGGAAUCAUACUUCUAACACCUUGGUGUAAGGCCUUUUUCUCCUUCUGGCACAAAAAGCAAAGAAGAUGAUGAUCAUUGUUUAGUAUGGUGCUGCAUGCUAAGGGUGUUUGAGGUCAUUUAAAAUGGCCUGCUAUUUUUGAUUUUCUGAAAAUUCAGAUGUCCACGUGGUGUCGAGACCACACAUCUCCAUACCUGAGGUCUGAAAUACGAAACUGAGAGGAUAACAUUUUGCUGCUUUUAUUACUGUAUCGUAAGUUUUACGGGUACGUGGGGGAAAGCACUUUAACCCAGGAUUCAGUUUCUUCAUCAUUUCCAUUUCUUUAAUUUCAGUAUACUUGUUUACUUCGAAAACUUGUUUUCUUUGUCUACCUUUGGAUUUCAGAUGAACACUGAAGUCUAUAUUGUCUGGGCUAUGCACCCAACUGACGAUGCCGAUCCAACGGCGUCAAAUUUGAGCCCAUACCACGGUAACACCAACAGGGGAAGAACAACAAAUAAGCGAAACCUGAUCGCUGAGGCCAUGGCUGCAGCGAUGACACCUACCACCACUACCAUGAUGAUGCCAUUCACAUCUCUUGUUUCCACGCCUCAACCAACAGGUAAUGACAGAUGUCAACAUAAAUCAUAGUCUCAGAUUGGGGCUCGUCUCGAUCUUACAGUAAACUUUCACCACAAACAUUUUAUCGACCCGACUAACUGCCCCUGGGUCUCCGAGGAUGCAAUUACAGUGGAAACUCGAUAUAACGAAGGGCCAAGGAACUGGCAAAAAUUGUUCGCUGUAACAAGGUUUCGUUAUAUCGAGGUUCAUUUUCAUAUAUUUUACUAUUACUGGGGUAAAGAAAAUCUUUCGUUAUAUCGAGGUCUUCCUUACAUAGGGGUUCGUUAUAACGAGGUUCCACGGUGACUUUUCGGGCCCGAAAUCAAAUUUUCAAAUCGAAAUAAAACAAAUGAGAGCACGGGUCCUGGGUAGCAAACUUCUCCAUUUUGUUUCAUCAACUGAUGGUUUUAUCUUGUUAAAUGCCAAACUAUUGAAACCUUCAUCUUGCUGGAAGAAACAACAGCUUUACUAGCCCGUUGAUUAUCGGGACUUUAGAGAAACGGCUCCCAGGACAUAUUGAUACUGAAAUUGAUUUUGUCUCGGGCAACGCUUGAGGGGACUAAAUAUAUCAUUCCACCAAAAUAUUUCUCCGUUUCUGAUUGGCUAACAGAGAUAACAAAUAACAAAGUGAGAGUUUAACCCUGUUCGCCCUUCGUUAAGUGGACUACCAGGGAUUUGAGAUCAAUGGUUUGGAAAUAGGACCACGUUUUUCAAAAUGGCGACAAACAUCUGAAUACUCUGCCUUGAAUGAAAAACGACCCUAGCACAACAGGAGAAUACUUGCACAAUGAAACCCAAAGACAAAAAGAUUUUAGUCUGAGAGGGUUUUCGUUUCAGAAAGUUCAGUUGUAGAAGAAAAAAUGACAUUUCACACUUGCUGUAGAUUUAAACGUUCCCCGCCGUAGACUUUUUAAGAAUUUUGGAGAAAAUGAUCUUUUAAGAAAAUUUGGAGCAACUUGUGGCUGAGGGUAGGAAAAAAUCUUUCCGAUAUGUGACGCUCCACUUGAUCGAAGGGAAUACAUGCGCACAGCUUCGCUCCGUUACAGAAAUCGCGUCGAAAUCGAAUAUGUGAACAGAAAUCCUAUCCGGUAUGAUUUUUGUGCCGGCGCAAAGGCUAUCCGCUUUUCUGUGAAUAUGGCCUCAAUCACUGCAACCAAACAUUUUUAAUCAUCACGACUUCGUAGUCUGGAUUCUUCUUCUCGUAACACAAAGUGUUUAUUAUUAUUAUUAUUAUUAUUAUUAUUAUUAUUAUUAUUAUUAUUAUUAUUAUUAUUAUUAUCAUCAUUAUUAUUAUGAUUAUCAUUAUCAUCAUUAUCAUUCACUGUUUAAUUUUCUUUUUGUUAGACGCUCUUUUAAUUCCCAACGGCGUAGUGGUUAGCGGAAGCAUCACGAUUCUCAUUCACAGCCUAGAUAGUUCAUAAUCAGGACGGAAAUUCGUACAUUCGGUCGCGCAUGACAAAUGACCAUUUACUGGUGUAGGGUUGAAAUAAUUAUCUAUCCUGGUCGAAAUCUUUUUCCGUCAUUUCAGCCGCGGCUACAAUUUGAAUUCAAAAGAUUUAUGUUUAGCCCCAAAAAUGAGGCCCAUUUUGGCAGUUAAAUACUAACAAUAACUUUUUUGAGGACUUAUUUUGCUAUCUAAACUCAGAGAAAAUUGCUUUUUCUUCAGGAAUAACACCUACCACCAGUACCAUGGUAGUGCCUUCUUCCUCAAUUGGUUUAACGCCUCAAUCAACAGGUAAUGUAGACUAGCAAAUAUUCAUUUCUGUUAAUUUAAUUGUAAGAAUAAGUUGUAGCUGAUCAAGAUUUACCUUGUUCUUCCAACAUUAUAAAAAGAGAAUUGGUGACAUUGUUAACUCGGCAUAUUGUCAGUGAACUUUAAAAAAAUCACUUUGUCUACAGACAGAGCCGCGGAAAAUGAAAAACUUAUAAUGAAUAUUAUAAUGAAAGAGUUACUCGUCUAAGCCUUAUCCAAUCAUGAUUACUUGUGUCAGUAAUUUAAUGUUUGAUAGUAACAACCUCGAAUAUUUUUUAUCAUUUCCGAUGACCACCGUUCAAAGCACCCCAAAUAAUUACUCUGACCACUGAUUAUAAAUUUCAGUGAUCCAGUUUUAAAAUAACAAAUAUCAAGAGAGGAUGAAGAUAUAUGUAUAAGGGAUGGACAAAGACUUGUUAUUGUGUAAGCCCUGCUUUAACACGACACUGCAUCUGAUCUGAAAAUCGACUAUAUGUUAGAAAGUUCUAAUGCUCAAGAAUACCAAAACUGAACUUAUGCCGAACAAAAACUUGGAAAAUCUUCGAAAAUAUUGAGAACUGCAAAUACUAAAAAUUUUUUAAAAGAUAUGAAUUAAAAUAUUUAUUCAAGCCUCGAGCUAAAAAGGAAUAUUAUUAUUGAAAAAUAAUUUUGAUUUUCUACAUGUCCUCUUACAUUCAGGAGAGAAGGCGCACAUUUUCUUUUGUUAUAUCGUAUUGCUAACUUAACUGUGUCAAUAACAAAAUGCUUGAAUCUGAUUGGUUCUUAACAGACUAUAUUUAUAGCUUCAUUUUACUCCAAAAAUUUCCGAUUUGACCUGUCCGAUUACCAGGAGCUUGUAAUUGGACAGGUCAAAUCGGACAGUUAAAGAAACAAUGAUAAUCAAGUAGAAAAUACCACUAGCCAAUAAAAUUUAAAUACAUAGCACGUGAUAACCAAUCAAAAUCAAUGAAAAAAUAGUGACCAGGUAAGCUGACCAGUUGCUACUGGAAAAGAAUAAUGGAUGAAACUAACUGGUCCAGUGACUUUUAUUUACAUUUAAGGUGAUUCCUUAGUAAAAGAACCAAACAUAGAUUGUAGAUGAAACUUGGUACACUGAUGCAACAAGUCAAGAAGAUGAUAAAAAACUAAUAAAAAGCUGGGGUCACCGUGCUCGUUUUGACGUCACAAUGCUGACAAAUACGGCUAUUUAGGACCCUUUUACAAAAACCGCGGGCAGCCCAAAACUAGACAAAAAGGAGAGUUUUUUUCGAUGAUGCAUGUGGUAAUAAUAAUAAUAAUAAUAAUAAUAACGAAUAUUUAUACAGGAUAGCCCUUCAGUGCAAGAGCACUGUUAUCAAAGGGGUCCUGUCAUAAUAACAUAAUAUAAGGAUUCUGUGUAUCACACAGAAUUUGAUUUUAAUGUAUUGUUUAUCCACUUACGUACCAGAAAAUGCCUUUUAAUGCCCUUGUUUUUACUUUACGCUCCAAAGUAGAAUUAAAUUGGACACGCGCUAUUCGACCCGUGAUAGCUCAAUCCGUACAAUUUAGUAAAAUUGCCAAAAAACUGAACAUAGAUUUGUGCCAAUUUUUUUCUCAUCGAAAGGAAGCACUGUCCUUAUUAAAAUCAUGAAAUAAAAAAUGGGGGUCACCGCACUCGUUUUUGCGGUAGAGCUGAAGAAAGUGCGCACCAAAUGCAUUUUCUCCGAUUUUUGAGAGAGGACUGGGGCGAGUGUCAAAAUAGAAUGUAUGUGAAAUGGGGAAGAAAGUAUUAAAAAAUCCGUCUUUACAGAAUUUACAUCGAGAUAUCACAUUUAGGACACAAUGUGAUAAAGAAAGCGUUUAAAUGAAACUCAAAUUGAGUAAUCACAAGUUAAACAUCCACUAUCGAGGUUCUCCGAGAGGAAGUAGAACUCAGCACACGCGUACUGCUUACGUUACGCACAUUCCCAACACAUUAAGUCUCACCUCGGCAAGAAACAACUGCAAGCAAAAAUUCCAAUAGCGUUUCUCUUCAGUCAACUUCAUUUUAAUAAUGUUACUUCACAUGCUCUUUUUUACGGCGGCCAUCUUGUUAUGCGCAGUAAGAAAUGCGCAGUGCAAAACCAGGGAAUCACCUUAACAAUUAUUCUUUGAAAUCGAGGUGAAUAUAGUGGCUAAAUAUUUACAAGACUGAGAUUCUCGCAUUUUGUUAUUGACUCAAUUAAUUGGUAAUAGGACUUCGUGUCAUAAAAUUCAGCGGUAAUCGGGCUCGUAAUUUCAAAUUCAAAAUUACUGGCUCGAUCACUCGCUGAAUUGAACUCCACUCAGUCCUGUUACCAUUACUUAAAGAUACAACAUUCCUGAACGAAUUGGAAAUAAGGAGAGGGGAAAUUCGACGCACUCAGAGAAAAACCUCCCGGAGAAAAGACUAGCCUGUACACAGGCUAAAAAAAGACGAGAACCAACCAAAAAAAUUAACUCAUACAUGGCGUAAGUGAAGGAAAGCACCAAGACCCAAACGAAAACAAAACCAAAUGAUCCCCGAGAGACCAGACAACCAUUAAGAGGAAAAAAAAUAGACCACAGUAUCAACACAUGUUGGAGCCUGUGAGCAAGAUUCUGGGGCGGGGAUAUGGAUAAAGGAGCCCCCCUUCCACAGGGCUAUAAGCCCUAACUGGCCUGAAACGUGUUGGACCCUAGCAGGAUGCGCAUAUUGUGACCGGUGCGUGAGCCACAAUUACUGACUUUUAUUCCACACCGGAUACAUGUACAUACGAAUUUUGUUAGAUCGUGUUAUCUCUACACAACCAAUUUCAGUCAGGGUUUUAGUUGGGGAAGCCGGAGCUUAACAAUUAUAAACGUCUUAUAGGAUAAUUUGUACCUUAACGCGUUCAAGUAAACAGCAAUAUUAUUCUAAAUUUUUUAAUGAUAACUUAACUAAUAUGAAAAAAACAUUGGAGGGAAUAAAAAAUGUUCUUGCCCGUAAAUUGAAGAACACGAGACCUAUUACUUUUAUAAAAGACCCUAAUGACAAUGAUUCUCUCACGACCCAAGUAGAAUAG